UCAUUGUGGCAGUGCAGAGGCAGAUAUAAUGAUUUCACUGUUAAUAAUGAGCUGAACUCACUGUGUCUGUUGCUCUCCAUUGUUCAUAGGCAGAAAAAUGUGAUUUAUCCCAAUUCAUUAUUUYAUAGGUGCAUUCUUGAGCUGGGUCUGGACAAAAAGCCAUCCCCUCCCAAGAGGAAGAGGGAGUUCCAGGAGGAGAAGGUGCCUGAGAGCUCCUGGGAGUGUGCUGUGCACAGUGAGCCMAGCAGCAACAGUAUUCCCUUCGAGCAGAAAUCAGGGCAGGAUUCACUGUCUGUCAUCUUACCGGCUCAAGAGGCAAGUGAGGAAACUGUUGGUGAAACUGUGGAAACUGAGGAAACUGAAGAGGACGACAGAAAAGAAGAAAUGGAAACCCAGUCUGGUCAGGAGAGUGAAGAGAGUGAGGAGGAAGACAGCAAUAAAAAUGAAUAUGAUGAAGAUUUUGAAGCAGAUGAAGAAGCUAAUGAAGAGGGACAGACUGGUGAUCAAACGGAUGGAAUGUCAGAGUCAUUCCCAGAUGACAAAAACCGUAAUUURGACUGUGGAAAGGAGAGUGAAACCUCAUCCCAGAAGGCUCUGCAGGCCUCUGGCAGCAAGAAAGAUGGAAGUGAUGGAUAUUCUGACAGGGACUCUGAGGAUGAGCAACAAAAGAGGAGGUCUGUGGACUCUGUCUCGUCCAUCAGCAUUCAGUGCAGCACUGAGGUUGAGUCUCAUGCUGAAACAACGACAGACAAUGGGAAUGGCAAAGUGGAGUGUGAUAUCAAAAAUACAUCUGGUAGCACAGCACAUUCACACUAUGGAAAUGAGGAUGGGGAGGAGAACUGCCUCAGACCAGAGGRAAAUCAGGAGACUUCUGCACUGCAAAAGGAAGGAAUAGAUGGAGCAGAAAAAACAACACCAGAAGGUGUAACACUGAGGGAUGAUGAAAAUGUAAUGGCAAAGCAGCAUCCUAAUGCUGAGUUUAAUGGGGAAUCCAGACAGGCUGGGUCAGGAGAAGGUAACAGGAAUGAGGAGGAGGAGRAGGAAUGUCUUCCAGAGCCCUGUGAAAGCAGGAUGUUGAACAUGGAGGAUGGCAACGGGGAUUCUCCUCUCAAGGAAGGAGGKGGUUUUGAAGACURCAAACCAGUCCAGGAGGAAACAGCAAAAGCAACUGGAAAUGAUCAUCCUGUGAAUUCUGMCCCUGAACCUGGUGAUUUGUAUGCCAGUGAGGAAGAAGAGAACGCAGCAAGUGCAGAGUGUGAUGUCAGUGGAGCACCAGAUGGAAGUUUGGCGGCAGAAGGGAGGAGAAGCGGAGAUGUGCAGGAGGCAGCAGGACAAGCAGGGCGAGAAGGGCAGGGGACAGGGCAGGGACAAGCCCUGCAGCAGGACAGUGCUGCCCAGGGAGGAGGUGCUGGCAGCAGAGAGGCCCGAGGAAAAGCUGCACUCGAGGGAAAUUCGCCACUGCAGGAAGACAAAGGGGCUGCGCUGGAGGAAUCUGCACCUGAGGAAAGCACUGCAGCAGAGGAACGUUCCAAAGGGACAGGGGACACGGUGAAGUUGGACACAGAGGUGUCACCCGGGGAGCAGGAUGUGCUGCUGCAGGGRAUGGAGGGCGAGGUGGCACUGGGACAGCCAGCAGCAGCUGGGGGACAGGGACCAGGGGGGGAGGCACACAGAGCCCUGUCCCAGGGCCACCACAGCGCUGGGUGCACCCCUGAGGAGGAGGAGGCUGCAGAGGAAGGCUUGGCAGGAAUGGCACCAGCAGAGGAGGAGGUGGGGGAGGCAGUGCCCCAGGUAGGGGAGACCCCAGGGCAGGGAGGGUGUGCAGGGAAUGGCACUCUGCUGGGUGCUGGGGCACAUGGAGAGGAGCCUGAGGAGGAGGAGGAGGAUGAGGAGGAUGGUGUGACAGCGGGUGGGAUCGCUGGAGCUGUUGGCCCUGAAGGACAAGAGGCUGUUGAGGAAGACAUUCCUGAAGGGGUGGAGGCUGUGAGGAAGCCUGGGGCUCUCUGGGAAGCACUGGGGGAUAUGGAAACAGGAGAAGCAAUGCCUGGAGGGGAAGGGUUUGUAAAGCCAAAUGAGUUUUCCCAGCUGAAAGCGUCAGGGAAAGAGCAGAUGGGGACAGGGAAAGCUGUGCCAGGAGGAGCAGCACUGGAGAGGGGUCAGGCACGGGAUGUGGCAGGGAAUGCUCUCCGGGGAGUGGGGAACACAGCAGASGCUCCUGUGGAGCAUGGCAAGGGUCCUGUGCUGGAAAUGGCACCUGGGGCACGGGGGGAUCCUGUCCCUGCAGUGUCACCACAGGCAGAGGGGACAUUGGCAGCGCACGAGGAGGAGGGGGCAGCUGAGGCACUUUGGGGUGGAAACCCCUCUGUGGGCAGCAAAGCAGGGACAGAGGGAGCAGGGCCAGGAAAAGCCAAAGGAGCGGCGGUGGGAGGAUCUGCAGGGAUGGCUGGAGAGGGAUCUGGGGGUGAAGAGGAGACCAGAUGGUGCAAACCCAGACCCAGCUGUCACAUCCUCAGAACAGCUUCAGGAUGGGGAAGAAACUCUGCUCUGAGCUUUUUCUGCAGCUUCUCAGUGCUGUGUCCUCAUCUGGCUGUGGGUUUGUGCCACUCCUCUGCUCACUCCUGAGUUGGGAUCCUGUCCCUGCUCUGUUCACUCUGUGAGUACCACAACCACUUCUCCCAUUUCACCAGAGCAGCUCCUCAGCUGGAGCCAGCCCAGGAAGCAGCAGUGCUUUGGAAUGAUGAAGUGCUCUGGAAUGAUGAAGUGCUCUGGAAUGGUGAAGUGCUUUGGAAUGAUGAAGUCAGUCAUCACAAGGAUUGUUCCACGGCUGUCUUGUUUGUUUUUCUGAAGAACCAGAGAGGUACUGGACUGACUGAACCUCCCCUUCUCCCCAUGCACCAUUUGCCCCUGCAGGGGGACAGUUUUAGCCUGGGAGCUUCCCCAGCCAUGUCAGAGGAGGGGACCCUCCUGUACCCACAGUGCCCAGGGGAUGUGUGGGGCUUCUCUCUUGGGUAUCCUGGCUUGUUGCUGGCCACACUUCAGGGCAUUCUUGGCACCUUAAAAUGUUGUUAAAAAUUGUUAAAUCAUAACUAUUCUAACAGGUAUUUGAGCUUGGUGGGUGCAGGAGACUCAGCCCCACACCAUGGGGGGCUGUAACUGCUUUUUUUAAGUAGGGAAAUGACACAAGAAUGAGCAGGAUUUCAAAUGGAUUGGUGCUGUGAGGCACUUGAGAUUAAUAYACCUGGAAAUGCAAACUGAAAUGUGUUAAAAGUGGUUGCUGUGUGUUUCCUCCUAGAGACAUUUCUGUACUAGAGAUGUUGCAUUUGUGUGUUCAGUCUGCACACAUUUGUGCUAAGGACUGUCUCAGAGGGCUGUGUUUUCUGUGUCCAUAUCCCACCUGCACGUUUGCUCAGGUCCAUUAAAUCCCUGUCCCAGUUUGAGCAGCUCUUUCAGCGUUUGCCAUGGUUUAACUCCAGCAAUAAUCCUGCAGUGCACAGGGCUGGGCUGUACCUGUGUGUGCUUUCCAGUGGAUGUUGGGCUCAGUGUGAGUGCCCAAAGCUGCCCUGUGCAGUGCCCCUGGAAAGCUCAGGGCUGUGGCUGUACCUGUCUGUGCUUUCCAGUGGAUGUUGGGCUCAGUGUGAGUGCCCAAAGCUGCCCUGUGCAGUGCCCCUGGAAAGCUCAGGGCUGUGGCUGUUCCUGUCUGUGCUUUCCAGUGGAUGUUGGGCUCAGUGUGAGUGCCCAAAGCUGCCCUGUGCAGUGCCCCUGGAAAGCUCAGGGCUGUCCAAGCCAAGGCCACCUGCUCUGAGCUCUGCAAUAUAACUGAUGUCUCUUUAAUUUCAUCUCAUUUUGUUACAAGAGCCCAAGAUGGAAGCGCAGCAUUGCCAUGAUCCAGAACAGCAGCACAGAACCAAACCCAGCCCUGGGCAGAGCAGAGGGAGGUGCAACAGCAGAAUGCAGGACAGGGACAUUUGUCACCA